GGGCGUUGCCCGGCAACGCCGCGAGGGGAGAGUCACGUUGGCCGAGCGGGCCAAUGGGAGCGCUCGGAGAGGUGACGGCGUCGCCCGGCAACGCCGCGGGGCGGUCACGUGAUUCGGCGGGGCCAAUGGCGGCGCGCGGGAGGCGGAGGUCGCGGGGAGCAGCCCUCACGUGACCCCUGCGGACCAAUCGGGCGCAGGGGGGCGUGGCGCAGGCGCUGUCAUGGCGGACGGGGAGCGAUCGCCGCUGCUGCCGCCCGAGGCGGGGCCGGGGCCGGGCGGGGCCGCGGCCUCCGGCGGCGGGGGGCCGGGUCCCGGUGAGGGCCCGCCCCCGUACUCGCCAUUGGGCAGCCCCGAGGGGGUGGGGGCGGGGCCCCCGGCGGUCACGUGCCGCGUGUGCCAGCGGCCAAUCAGCGUCGAGGGCAAAACGCAUCAGCACGUGGUGAAGUGCGGGGGGUGCGGUGAGGCCACGCCAAUCCGAACGGCCCCUGGCGGGAAGAAAUACGUGCGGUGUCCGUGCAACUGCCUGCUGGUGUGCCGGGCCUCGGCCCAGCGCAUCGCCUGCCCGCGGCCAUACUGUAAGAGGAUCAUCAACCUGGGCCCGGUGCAGACGGGGGCCCCCAGCCCCGACCCGCCCCCCGGGGGGGUUCGCGUGGCCUGCGCCCACUGCGGGGGACCUUUCCUGUGGGCGGAGCUCCCCGACCGCUCCCUGGCGCGCUGCCCCCACUGCCGCAAGGUGUCUGCGAUUGGCCGGCGGUUCCCACGGCGACGCUGCCUCUGCUGCCUGCUGGGGGCGCUGCUGAUGGGCGGGGCCGCAGCCGGACUGGCGGCUGGAACGUGGUGGCUGUGGCGCCGGGCGCGGUGGGUGCCGGCGGCGUGGGCGGUGCUGGGGGCGGGGGCGGGGGCGUGUCUGCUGCGUGCGGCCUAUUGGGGCUGCGUGCGGGUCAGCCAGCCCCUCCCCCAACGCGCCUGACCACACCCACCCACACGGACACGCCCCUUCGCCACGGAACACGCCCACGGGCGCGGCCGCGUUGGGGACGCGCCUCAGUCGUGAUGACGUCAUGCGGCCACACCCUGUUCGCUAUUGGACAUUUUGGCGAUUUCCGGCCCCGCCCCUUCCUUCAGCAUGGCCCCGCCCCCUCCUGCAUGCCUUGGGCCCAGCCCACCUGUACAUAAGCCCCGCCCCCUGUACAGUCCUAUUUAUUGAACGGCCACGCCCACCACGGGCAGCCUUGUAUGUAAAUAAACCCAAACCCAACA